AUGUUUUUAAUUGUCUUUCUUUUUCCUUUCUUUCUUUCUUUCUUUCUUUCUUUCUUUCUUUUUCCUUUCUUUCUUUUUCCUUUCUUUCUUUUUUCCUUUCUUCUUUUUUCCCUUUCUUUCUUUCUUUCUUUUUUCCUUUCUUUCUUUUUCCCUUCUUUCUUUUUUCUUUCUUUCUUUUUUCUUUUCCUUUCUUUCUUUCUUUCUUUCUUUCUUUCUUUCUUUCUUUCUUUUUUCCCUUCUUUCUUUUUUCUUUCUUUCUUUCUUUCUUUUUUCCUUUCAUUCUGUCUUUUUUCCUUUCUUUCUUUCUUUUUUCCUUUCUUUUUUCUUUCUUUUUUUCCUUUCUUUCUUUUUUUCUUUCUUUUUUCUUUCUUUCUUUUUUUGAUUCUUUCUUUUUUCCUUUCUUUCUUUCUUACUUUCUGUUUUUCCUUUCUUUCUUUUUUCUUUUUUCUUUUUUUCCUUUCUUUGUUUCGUUUUCGUUCUUUUUUCUCAUUUCCAUGUCUCGUUUACUUUCUUUCUUUCUCUUUUCCUUUUUCUUUCUUUUUUCUCACAGUUUCAAUGAGUCAUUUUCUUUCUUUCUUUCUUUGUUCAUUUCUUUCUUUCUUCCUUCCCCCAUUCCUUCCUUCCUCUGUCUUUUCCUUUUUCGCUUUUCUUUCUUUCUUUCUUUCUUUCUUUCUUCUGUUCUACCUUUUCCGCCAGCUUCUUUCAAAUUUUAAUAAUUCUUUCUUUCUUUCGUUACUUCUGAUAUUCUUUCUCCGCCUUGAAUUUCUUUUCUUUCUUUUUAAUCUUCCCUUGUUCUUUCUUUCUUUCUUUUUUCUUUCUUUCUUUCUUUCGUUCUUUCUUCGCUUUUAA